AAAUCCUAGAUAGGACGGUGAUGUGUAUAUAGAAUCUGUUGAUGUGUAUAAAUAAAUAAACAAAUUUUAGAAUCUGUUGAUGUGUGACUAUUCAUUCUUUAUACAUGUCUGCAGAUUACAGAGCAAAAUUUUUUCCCGUGACUGUGAGUUGUGCAAAUAAAUAUUGAUUCUUGGCAAGAAUAAAGUCUAGAUUCCAUUUCACUACUUCACCCACUUUGAGCUGCCCCACGUGCUUUCUUCACAUUUUGAUCCAUUCUGGAUAUAAUUUAUCCUCAUGCUCUAACUAUAGCCUUGGGGCAGUUCUUGUUCGUGUUUCAAGUCUCUUGAGAGGCCUUGAACUGCUGUUUUUUGUUCUGGAUUCUUAAUUUUGUGUCAAUGGAAAUCAAUCUGAAGUUGUUAAAUGUUGGUUUUUGCAUGUGUGGUAGUGGUUUAUUCUGUAGGCAGUGCACCAAAAAGGUGGCCAUUAGUGCUCGUUUUGUGGUGGGGUUUUUCUAGCACUUGAAAUUCAGUCGUAGACUCGCAGUCAUUCUUUAUCUGUUUCAUCACCUUGUAUUCAUCGAAUUUCCAGAUUAUAUCCCAAAACCCAACAUAGUCGAUUUCGUUACACUAGCCAUAUUCUUCUUCUUCGCCUUACGCAGAAAUAUGUCUAAUAAUAUUACUAAUAAAACGAGCGACGAUACAAAAAAGCCGUUUCUUAGAGAUGGUUUCGAGUGUAUUUCUGAACAGGACACUAAUCCAUUUUCAAGUGCUGGGAUUUGGAGCCACCUCACCUUUAGUUGGCUUAAUCCUCUGUUCGAAAAGGGUCGGAAUGAAAAACUCCAAGUUGAGAAUGUACCACAAAUCCCUCGUUCGGAAGCCGCUGACGAAGCUUCUUUGCUACUCGAAGAGUCUCUCAGAAAACAAAAAACUCGCGUUCCAUCUUUGCCGAAAGCUAUACUUGAUGCAAUAGGGAGACCCCUUCUCAUAAACGGAGUUUUUGCAGGUGUGAACACUGGUGCUUCGUACGUGGGCCCGCUUCUAAUCACGAGCUUCGUCAACUUCCUUUCCUCCAAGGACAAAAACGUAAAUUGGCAUCACGGCAUGAUCCUUGCAUUGUUCUUGUUCGCUGCGAAGACGGUCGAAUCACUCUCCCAGAGACAGUGGUAUUUCGGGGCCCACCGAAUAGGCAUCCGAACAUCCCCUUGUUUUGCUGCCCUCUUCACAACUGUACUCGUGAUGUUAACCAAUACCCCACUAGCCAACAUGCAAGAGAAGCUCCAAACACAGAUAAUGGAAGCCAAAGACUCGAGGAUAAAAGCCACUUGCGAGACCCUCAAGAGCAUACGUGUCCUCAAGCUGCAUUCUUGGGAGCCCAUUUUCCUUACCAAACUUCUUCACCUCAGAGAAAACGAAACUUCUCGACUGAAGAAGUAUCUCUACGCCAGCUCGUGCGUGGCUUUUCUCUUCUGGGCUUCACCAACUUUGGUUUCUGUAGUCACUUUCAGCGUCUGCAUUGUCUUAAAGAUUCCUUUGACUUCGGGCAGAGUCUUGUCCGCUUUAGCCACUUUCCGGAUUCUUCAAGAACCUAUAUACAAUCUUCCCGAGCUUAUAUCAAUGAUUGCUCAGACCAAAGUCUCGAUCGACCGAGUUCAGAAUUUUAUCACCGAAGAAGAUCAAAAGAGGUUAGUAAACUAUCGUGCUCCGAGCUUUCCGGGUUUUGUUGCCGUUGAAAUCGAGCCUGGCGAAUUUGCGUGGCAUGCGAAGAGACCGACUAUUAAAAUAACCGAGAAAGUGAGAAUCGCUAAAGGGAGUAAAGUGGCCGUUUGCGGUUCUGUGGGGUCGGGAAAAACGAGCUUUUUAUGCAGUAUUAUUGGGGAGAUUCCGAGAAUUUCUGGGUCGAGUGUUAAAACUUACGGUUCGAAAGCUUUUGUGCCGCAAAGCGCUUGGAUACAAACGGGCACUGUGAGGGAAAAUGUUUUGUUUGGUAAGGAAAUGAAGAGAGAUUUUUAUGAGAGUGUUGUGGAUGCUUGUGCUUUGAACCGCGACUUUGAGAUGUGGGCCGAUGGAGAUUUAUGUGUUGUGGGAGAAAGGGGAAUGAAUUUGAGCGGCGGACAGAAGCAAAGGAUUCAAAUGGCGAGGGCAUUGUACAGCGACUCGGAUAUAUAUUUGCUGGAUGAUCCUUUUAGUGCCGUGAUGAAGGACGGCAAAAUUAUGGAGGCAGGGAAUUAUCGAGAUUUAAUCUCAAAUCCGGAUAGCGAACUCGUAAGACAAAUGGAGGCUCACAGUAAAUCGUUAAAUCAAGUGAACCCUCCAAAGUGUACAAGCUUACCUAAGAAAAGUUAUCACCGAGCUAAGCAGAUAGAAGUAACUGAGGUUAAAUUCAUAGACCUUAGCAGAAGUAACCAACGAAGCCUGCACGAGAAAACCGAAAGCGGUAGAGUCAAAUGGCACGUGUAUGCAACUUUCAUCACCUCUGCUUAUAAAGGAGCUCUUGUGCCGAUUAUCUUGUUGUGUCAGAUACUUUUCCAGAUGUUACAGAUGGCAAGCAAUUAUUGGAUUGCCUGGGGAUCAGAAAAUGACGAGAGGGUUACAAAAGGGCGUUUGAUCAAGAUAUUUGCUCUGCUUUCUGGAGGAAGCUCUUUUUUUAUACUGGGAAGAGCAGUUUUACUGUCGACUAUUGCUAUCGAGACAUCUCAGAGACUUUUCCUUGGGAUGAUCAAUUCUGUUUUCCGAGCGCCUUUGUCGUUUUUCGACUCCACGCCUUCAAGCAGAAUUCUUAAUCGGUCAUCGACAGAUCAAAGCAUAGUGGACACGGAUAUUCCUUACAGGUUGGCUGGAUUAGCAUUUGCGCUUAUUCAGCUCUUCAGCAUUGUUGUGCUUAUGUCACAAGUUGCGUGGCAGAUCUUUUUCCUCUUCCUUGUUGCAUACUAUAUAACAACUGCAAGAGAUUUAGCUAGAAUGGUCCCAAUUCAACAAGCUCCAGUUCUCCAUCAUUUUUCGGAAUCCAUCUCUGGGGCCUCGAUAAUUCGGAGUUUCAACCAAGAAGAUCGGUUUCGGAAGAUGAACAUGAAGCUUGUCGAUGAUUACUCAAGAGUAGCCUUUUACAACUCCAGCACCAUGGAGUGGCUCUGUGUCCGAAUCAACUUUCUCUUCAACCUCAUCUUUUUCUCCCUCCUUAUAAUCUUGGUCACCCUUCCCAGCUCCGCCAUCGACUCCACAUGGGUAAUAUGGAACCUCUGUAAUGUGGAAAACAAAAUGAUAUCCGUGGAGAGAAUCCUUGAAUUGAGUAGCAUCCCAAGCGAGGGCCCACUAGUGAUAGAAGAUUCUAGACCUGGGCCCGAAUGGCCCGUGAACGGGAGAAUUGAGGUAAAGGAUCUGCACGUGCAGUACAGCCCGAGUCUCCCAAAAGUUCUCAAAGGGGUCACGUGCACUUUUCCGGGUCCCAGCAAAAUCGGGGUUGUGGGAAGGACUGGGAGCGGGAAAUCCACUCUCAUCCAAGCACUCUUCAGAGUUGUCGAGCCUUGCCAAGGACGCAUUUUGAUUGAUGGAUUGGAUAUUGCAAAGAUAGGUCUGCAAGAUUUGAGGUCGAGGCUCAGCAUAAUCCCGCAAGAUCCAAUUUUGUUUCAGGGGACCUUGAGAAUGAAUCUUGAUCCUCUCCAACAACAUUCAGAUCAACAGAUAUGGGAGGUUCUACACAAGUGUCAUCUAGCCGAAAACGUGAAGCAAGAUGACAGACUUCUCGAUGGACCAGUUGCUGAAGAUGGAGAAAAUUGGAGUGUGGGGCAAAGGCAGCUCGUUUGUCUAGCUAGAGUGUUGUUACAGAGAAGAAGAAUACUCAUCCUGGAUGAGGCUACAGCUUCAGUAGAUACAGCGACUGAUAAUUUAAUCCAAAAGACGAUAAAAGAAGAGACGAGUGGAUGUACUGUCAUAACAGUUGCCCACCGAAUACCAACUGUAGUUGACAAUGACCUAGUUUUGGUUCUUGGUGAAGGAAAAGUUGUAGAGUAUGACUCCCCUGCUCAGUUGCUUGGGGACAAAAAUUCGGCAUUCUCAAGUUUGGUGAUGGAAUUCUUAAGAAGAUCAUCGUCCUGCUGAGUAUGGCUACAAAUGAUGGUACAAAUUCAAAUAGAAUCACAAGAAAUUUUAGCUAUGUGGAGUUUUAUAGAGAUUGGUUCCAAUGAGUCACUUAUUUAAAGUGAGUAUAUGUGAGACCCAAUCGUAGUCAUUAAAUAGGGAUCAAGACGUGUAACCAACAUUUAAUGUUUUAUUUUUUUUAUUUUAAUUACUUAAUAUUAAUUUGACCAUUUGACCAUUGAACAUUGACAUCCAGGCAUUGACUGUUGACUUUGGCAUUGACCGUUGACUGUAAUAUGCAUUAUGUAUGAAUAAAAUGUGCCCUCGCAAUAUGCAGUUG